AAAACAGUUGUUAAAGCUACAGUCAGUCCAUAUCAAGAUGAUCAGAAUCUGCCUUCUUUGGGGACUUCUCUCUCAAGUGUACCUGAUUCAGACUGAAGAUGCUCCUCAACCAAUACCAGUGACUGCUCAUCUAUUUGGAGACACUGUAUCUUUGCCAUGUCCUAAAGCAGAAUCUGAACAAUUCCUGUACUGGUACAGACAAACUGUUGGCCAACUGCCCCAUCUUGUCGCAUCUGUGUCCUAUGCAUCAGAACCUGUACUUAAAGGAGAGUUUAAGAACCCACGUUUCCAUGUGGAGGAAUCUCAAUAUGGGUAUAAUCUCAUUAUCAGAAAUAUCAGCACAUUAGAUGAGGCAACAUACUUUUGUGGAAUUGGGACAAUGUAUGGGAUGGACUAUGGACAUGCAACAUUUUUGGCUGUGAAGGGACACAGUCACCCUACAUUGGUGCAGCAACUAGUUUCUGAUCCAGUCCAUCCAGGAGACUCUGUGAUUCUACAGUGUACAGUACUCUCUGAGACCUGUACAGGAGAACACAGUGUGUACUGGUUCAGAGCCGGAUCAGGAGAAUCCCAUCCAGGAGUUAUUUACACCCCUGGGAACAGGAGUGAUGACUGUGAGAAGAGCCCUGAGACUCCCUCUCCUACACAUACCUGUGUCUACAGCCUCUCCAAGAACAACCUCAGUCUCUCUGAUGCUGGCACUUACUACUGUGCUGUGGCCACAUGUGGGGAGAUCCUGUUUGGCAACGGAACAAACCUAAAUAUUGAAAGAUCCCUGGAACAUGUAAUCAUUGGACUGGGAGUGACAUCAGUUUUCUGCGUGAUUGUGAUGAUUAUACUCGUUUUCAGCAGAAAUAAAAUGACAAUUUGUGAACAUUAUAAAGCAGUGAGUGUUGCUCAGCAUAUUGGACAUGACAACUCAACCACCGAAUGUGAUCAGGAACAAGACCCAGAGACUCUGAAUUAUGCUGCAUUGCAUUUCUCUGAGAGGAAAACUAAAAGAGGAACAAAGAAGAGAGAGACACAACAGGAGAGUGUGUACUCUAAUGUCAGGUACUCAGAUUGAGACUGAACAUUGUUUAUGUGCAGAGGAAUGGAUGUAGUUUAGUAAAUACACUGUUCUUAAUAUACUGUACAAUGUGUUUAAACAGUCAUGACAUUUUAGCCUUACUGAUACAGUGAUAUUUUAUAUCAAGUAAGACAGUGGCAAAAUUGUCCCUAUACCCAUCAUGAGGUUGCCACAACCUAGCCUAUGAAUGAAAGUUUACAAUAUAGGUGCACACAGGUCGAGAGAAAGAUUUGAGGUGACAGACAGUGACACAUGGACAGACAGGGACACAUUGCACACUUUUGCCUGCAUCUAGCUGAUCAGAGCAACACGGUUAUGGGACGGCUUGUCCUGUCAGGUAGAGGGCCAAAUACCAUUGAGGUCUUUAAAUCACUCCUAAAAAGUUUGACCUUUAAUCUGUGUAUUGUUAUUUUAGACUUCCUUAGUGAUUCUAAGUCCUCCUCUUGUAUCGUAUCUCUUGUAUCUCAGCCCAUUGUUUAGACAUACUGUUUAACUGUGAGACAACUCAUUUUCGACGACACAUUCCAGGCAAAUAACCCACACAGAACGUGACUUUUCCAGUCAUGAUUGGUUUU